GGAGCAGCACUACCCCUGGAGGCGGUGGCAGCAGGGUCCAGCCUCCUGCUGCUGCGGCGCUCAUCACAGCUAGAAAUAAUACAACCUGCAGCAAGCUUAGGGUCGAACACGGGCGCUCCGCUGCUAUCAGGUUACACGCAGUCAGCUUGACAGCUGCCAGUUGUUUCUCGUAGGAGAGGGACUUGGGGACUAAAACGUGACAAGGAAGUGGCUGGAUAAAGGGACUGAGAGACUAAAACGUAAAUAUAUUAUCACUACAUUCUGAUCUCAGGACAAAGAAGCAUCGCUGAUUCCGCUGCUGCAAAUUAAAAAAAAAAACAAAAAGCAAACAACAAAAAAAAAAAAAAAAAACGAUCCAGUGUGGAAUGUCGGGGCAGGUUGCUCUGGCAAGGAGUCCUAACUGUCGCCUUGUCAUUGAAUAUCAGCUCUCCCAAAAAGAAAUCUGCGCAACGUCCCGGGACACUUGUCUAACAGCAGAAGGGACCCGUGUCACGGAGCACAAUCAAUAAAUAUUUCUGCUGCCCCCAAGACUGUACAUCCUCGGGGACAGCAGCAUCUCCCUCUGUGGCAAAUCGUCCUUGAACUCCAAUCAGAACAGCUUGAAAACUAACUUCGCUACGUGUUUACACUUCAAAGACACAUUAUUACCUGGAAGGUUAAAUACAGAGCCCAGGCACCUCCAUUUACUAUCUGUAACCAGAGUGCCAGUGAAAACAGCGGAUGGAGCUUUGGGCUUUCCAGCGCGAGAGGAGCUGGAGUCCCCAGGGUGUCCCUGUCCCAAGUUUCCCAACCAGUACUCUUCUGAAACAAGACAAGUUAUUGCAUCUCGUCACUCCCAAGACACAUACAUAUUUACCACUCAUUGAAAUAAAAUGGAGAGUGGAACAUACCCUCUCCAUCCAAUUCUAAAUACACAUGACAUUUUAUUAAACCUUUACUGUCUGCUUACUAAAAGCAGGGGAAGAUAAAGCAUUUUUUUUUUCAAAUUACAGUAAAUACUGAAAUGAGCUGCUAAGAUUAACUGUAUUAAAUGAGACUCACACCUGCUGCAGAGCACGCUGUAAAAAAUAUCCUGAAAUACUUUACUCUGAAAUGUCCUGACUGGGGUGCCUGCAAGAGGUAGUGACCCUGUCAGUGUCCAGAGGGUGCUGCCUCCCCCCAUCACAGUAACUGCCCGACCCUUGUCCUUUUCUCUCCAACUCGCUGCACCCAUGAAGGUCCCCCGAUCCCUGCUACUGCUCAGCGCCUGCGCUCUGCUCCACCUCCUUUUCUCACCUGCUGUCCUGGGCUGCGGGCCUGGCAAAGGGCACGGCCGAAGCCGCCGUCCCUUCCGCAAGCUGCCACCACUCGCUUACAAGCAGUUCAUCCCUAACGUGCCCGAGAAGACACUUGGGGCCAGCGGCAGAUCUGAGGGCAAGAUCACCCGGGUAUCGGAGCGUUUCAACCAGCUGACCAGCAAUUACAAUCCGGAUAUCAUCUUCAAGGAUGAAGAAGGCACCGGUGCAGACAGGCUGAUGACACAGCGCUGUAAAGACAAGCUUAAUGCCCUUGCAAUCUCUGUGAUGAACCAGUGGCCUGGGGUGAAACUUCGAGUGACAGAAGGCUGGGAUGAAGAUGGGAACCAGCCAAAUGACUCAUUACACUAUGAAGGCAGAGCUGUGGACAUCACUACAUCUGACCGGGACCGUAAUAAAUAUGGAAUGUUGGCCCGUCUGGCAGUGGAGGCUGGCUUUGACUGGGUUUACUACGAGUCAAAAGCUCAUAUUCAUUGUUCUGUGAAAUCAGAACAUUCUAUGGCAGCAAAGACAGGAGGCUGUUUUCCUGGAAGAAGCAUGGUAACCCUUGAAGGGGGGAAAAGAGUAGCUGUCUCAAAACUUCAGCCAGGUGACAAGGUCAUGGCAGCAGACUCUUCAGGAAAGAUUGUUUUUACAGAGUUUCUAACAUUCUUGGAUAAAAAUUCCACAGCAAAAAAAAUAUUUUAUGUUCUCAGAACUCAAGAACCUUCCGGAAGACUAACACUGACAGCUGCUCACCUUGUAUAUGUUGCAAAGAACUUCACAUUAGACAUGAAAAUGUUCAGAACAGUAUUUGCCAGCAGUGUCCAGCUGGGACAGUAUGUUCUUGUGCUAAAUGACUUUGAACUGUGGCCAGCAAUGGUCAUAGAUAUUUCCAUUCAGGAAGACACUGGCAUCUUUGCGCCACUCACCCACCAUGGCACAGUUGUCAUUGAUAAUGUCUUAGCUUCUUGCUUUGCUGUGAUAGAGCAGCACAGCUUGGCCCAGCUUGCCUUUUGGCCUCUGAGGUUGUACUAUAGCUUUGGGUCAUUUCUGUUUGGAUUGACAGCUACAUCUGAAACUGAUUUAGAUGGUAUGCAUUGGUACUCAAAAGUGCUUUACCACCUAGGCAGGCUGUUCUUGGAUGAACAGUGGUUGCAUCCCUUGGGGAUACCCCAGGCUGGAAGCUGAAAGAUAUCAGGAGAGGUGGAAAGUGAACAAGAACAAAGAUGUACAACAGGAAAUGUCGUGAUGGUUAAGCACUUCAUGACAGCUUCGCCUACACAUCUCAUCUCUUUUGAGAAGAAACCAUGUCCUGCACAGGCUUCCUGUAGUAUGUUGCUCUGCUUACAGCCAGUUAGGGUUGGAGAAUGAGAAAACAGAAGCACUGCCAGUGAUGUUUUUACUUAGAACAAAAACAGAGACAAUUAUAUAUAAUAAAAAAGCUGACAAGCAUUUUAAAAGUGAAUGCAAAAAAAUGAAGGAGAUCAUUUAAAAAUGCUGCUACAUGAAUUAGAUAUAGAAUGUCAGUCGCAACAUAUCUCCUUCUUCAUGGGACCAAAACAAACACAGUAAUAUUUUUUCAGUUUGAGGACUAAAUUAUAGGUUAUGAUUUAAUUUUUUGUUUACUACCCUAUAGACAGGUUACAGCUAACAACCAGCGCACUUAUUCAUCAACGGGAAAGCUUAUAUUUACAUGUCUUGUACAUAUUAGCUUAAGCUGAGAAUCAGAAAAUAUUGU